AUGGUUGACCUGGUCAAAUGGUGCUUGUACAUCUCCUACUUUUACGGUCGUUUUAGCGGCAUUCUGAACUUUGAGAUUGAUUUGAAAACGGGCCGGACGCGGGUCACCAAACGGGCCACGAUUUAUGCGGCCGGUGCCCAAGUAUUUAUGUUCACUUUGCUGGUCUUUCACUUACUGAAAAUGCGUUGGAUGUCCAAAGUUUGGACAAAGGCCAAUUCGCUGCACGAGUACGUGUUCAUGAUUAUGUCCGUAUUUCGAAUCGUGUGCGUCCUGCUGGCCCUGGUCAGUCGCUGGCUAGGACGUCGUCAUUUUGUGCGACUAUUUAACUCGUUCCGUCGACUGUUUCUCAGUAAUCCGGAGGCGAUUCAAUGUUGCCGUCGCGGUAUUAUCUUCAAAUGUUUCUGCGCCACGGUAACGGAAAUGGUGCAGCUCAUUAUGGCCCUGAUAAUGAUGAGAAGGCAACUAACUUUCAUUGUUGCCCUGGGAAUUUGGGCACUGGUAACACUGACGGCCAUCAUAAAUAUUAUUAUUACCCAAUUCUACAUUGCUCUGGCCAACAUUAGAGGUAGUUAUAUACUUCUCAAUAGGAAACUGUAUGAUAUUAUGGUCGAAGUUCAGGCCCUGGUGCCCAGGCGAAGGGGCGUCUUUGUCACCAAGUGUUGCUCUCUGGCCGAUCGCCUGGACGAGAUCGCCAUGGCCCAGUCAGAGCUGCAGGACUUGUCGGAUCGAUUGUCAAAGACAUUCGAGAUGCAGGCGCUAUGCAUGGUCCUUUCAUUUUACAUGAGCUCUGUCGGAACCUUUUACAUGAUGUUCAGCGCCGCCAAAUAUACCAAAUACAUGGAAGAAUGGCCAGAUAUCGUAUUGUUUCUGGGAACAACCUACUUUGUGUUUUACUAUAUGGAUAAUUGGAUAAGCACAUACAAUACUUUUCAUUUGCUGGAUGCGCAUGAGGAAAUGGUGAAGAUUCUGGACCAGCGAACUCUAUUCCCACCGGGCUUGGAUAAUCGAUUGGAAGCAACCGUAAGUAACCUCACCUUGGAAUUUAUACUGCCUAUUAUUUGCAUUAUGUUUUUGUAG